AACGUGAAACCGAAUACAUACCCUGGAGCACGGCGUACAAUGCACUGCUUCACCUUGACCGUAUGUUUGCGGCUAGCGUUGAGUACAGGCGCUUCGAAAACUACAUGCGUAAUCUAACCAGCCUUGCUUACCACGAAGUCGGACUUACGGGAAAAUUGGAUCACAUCAGCCAAUUGCAUCGAGAUAAAACCCUAUACUUGGCUUGCUAUUUCGGAGUCCCAGAGUGCUUGAAUGCCGCCAACAGCGUGCUUGAAGCAGCAACGCUGAAAGAGUCCCUGGAUGUGCCCGAGGAUUUACAGUCCACCGUGUUUUGCGCCUUCAACAAACACAGCCUAACGGCCGGUUCCUCAUACGAGGUGGCCCUGUUUUACAAAUAUUUUCUUACACCAGACAAGUUCCAACGCCUUGUGGACAGUUUCGUCACUAGCCUCGGUUGCUCACGGGACGCCGGCAUGAUUCAGUUCUAUUUGGCAAUGGUCGAAAUGAAUGUACCCGGAAUGCCAAUUCCCGACGCACUACGAAGCCACAUCCUAGUUAGCUUGAUCACAGGUGGACCGACUGCAAGGCACGCGGCACUAGCAUACGUUAGUAGCAACUUGAUGUCGCUGUCUCAGCUACUGCCAGAGCAAACGAUCGUCUCGAUUUUCGAAGCCAUCGGAUCAAGCAUUAUUUCUUCAAUGGAGUACGACAUGCUUAAGUUGACUUUGAACCUUUAUACCGAGUUUAUGGUUCCUUCGGUGGUAGAAGCCGCAAACCGUGCUGUCAAAGAAGCGGAGCAAUCGCUAAGUUGGAUAGGGAAGUACUCCGGAACGAUCGCUGAGUGGUUGGUGGCAUAAAACUACGAAGGUGCCCCUCCUGAGGACAACGCAGCAUCCACUUCGAUAGUGGAUCUUUCGUUAUUGAUCGGAGUAACUGUAGCGAUGCUCUGGAGUGGGGC